AAAAGAGUUAAAUUGACACCAAUGGCUGAGGAUAGAAUUUCGAAACUACCGAAUACAGUUAUCGGUCACAUUCUGUCGUUUCUCCCCACGGAGGAUGCUACUCAGACAUGCCUCCUUUCAAAGCGUUGGAAACUCAUGUGGCAUCUUGUGCCCACACUUUCUUUCUCCGAUACUAAUUUUCAUUGGUCAUGGGAUUUCUACAACUAUGUGGAAAACUGUUUGGCACAUCGAAAGAAGGGUAUGUAUUACAUGGACGAUUCAGUCAUUACAAGUUUUAAGCUUGAGAUGGGUUAUUUCUAUCAAACAAGCAAUUCUGCCCUCCUAGAUGAAUGGUUAGCUUUUGCAGUUAAGAAUAAAGUAAAGGAAAUAAAUCUUCGCUUGAAUUUUUCUCCGGAGGAUGGUUACUAUUACUUGUUACCUAAAACAGUAGUCAACUCUAUAGAUCUGACUAUUUUGGAGUUGGAGGGGUUAGAUUUGGGUACUAGUUCAAUUAAACUUCCUGCAUUGAAAACUUUGUCACUGAAAUUCUGUUACUUUGAUGAUUAUGACUUGGGUGAUGGGCUAUUUAAGUUUUUGUUGGGUUGCCCUUCCCUUGAGAAAUUGCUCAUAGAUUCGAGUCUCAACUUAAGUUCUGCUGAUGAUCAGCUUCGUUUACAAAGUUCAAGCCUCAAGUUUAUAAAAAUUGACAAUUUAGAAAAUGUAGUACCUCUUCAAGUUGAAGCCAUAAAUCUUGAGUCUUUGGAGCUAAGUGGAUUUAUCUUUAAAAACUCAAGUCUUUCUGCAUGCAAGGCAAUUAGGAAUCUCUCCCUAACUUUUAAUGAUAAUGACUGUAUUGAGAACAUGUCAUCAUUAGAGUAUAUUAUUUCUAACCUUCCCCUACUUGAGAACUUGACUUUGAAGGACUACUAUAAAUUGAAGUUGGAGCAGUGUGAGCGUAUUAAAAUCUCGAAUCAACAGUUGAAAAGUUUCAAUUUAAAGAAUGGGAAUGCUAAAUAUGAUCAUGGAAUGAAUGUUAUUAUUGAAUCAGCUCCAAAAUUAACAUCCUUUUGUUAUGAAGGUAAUAUUAACUUUACCAUAGCAAUGGAGUCAUCUCAUUCAUUGAAUGGAAUAUUCUUGAUCCGUAAUCUACAUGAGAACUACGACUCAAAUUGGUUUAAUAGUAUAAUGAUUUUUCUUCUAAAUCUCAAUUGCUCUUGGAAUAUUGUAAUUCUGCAUGUGCACUCAGAAAAGGAUCUCAUCUUGUCAGAUAAUUUCAAAAGAAUAUGUCGUUCUCCCUUGCUUAAUUGGAAGCAUCUUAGAGUUAAUACUACUUGUAAGCCAAAGAAUAUGUCAGACUUGAAAGAUGCCUUGAUGUGGAUCUCACCCUCUUUAGAAACAUUAUCUAUUAAUGAAAAAGUCCUACUUUAG